AUGAAGACACGCGGGCAAGACAGCACGGUCUCGGAUACCGGUCAGAAGCCGGCGAUACAAGUAAUCUGUCUCGGCGCUUCUGGUGGGCCAAGCGAGGAGAGUGUGACAGCCUUCCUCGUACGGUCUGUGCACAGUGGUUGGGCGCGGGGCUCGCUGCUCGCUCUUGAUGCUGGAAGCCAUCUGGCACCAAUAACGCGGAUCUUGGAGCGGGACUUUCCAACCGUAAGCGAUGGCAAACGAAUAGAUGGUCCUGAGCCUACCGUUCUCACUUCGGGACCGUUCAGCGGCUUGGAACUACCGCAUGCCUCAGCGCGUGCGAAUGCGCUUCAUGUGUUGCGUGCUUAUAUUUCUGCGUACCUUAUCACUCAUCCUCACUUGGACCAUAUCUCUGGCUUCGCGAUCAACACAGCUGCCUUUCACGCUACAUCCAAACCGAAGACAUUGGCAGCUCUACCCAUGACAGUGGAUGCGAUCAAGCAACACAUUUUCAACGACGUCAUCUGGCCGAACCUUACCGACGAGGAUGGCGGAGUCGGCUUCGUCACGUUCCAGAGAUUGAAGGAAGGCGGAGACGUCAUGGUCGGCGACGGGGAAGGGCGCGGCUACAUUGAUGUGGUCGACGGGCUUGGAAUUAGAGCGUUUAAGAUCUCACACGGCGUCUCCACGAAGGUUGCACCAACCCAUCACCACCGAGGCAGUAUAUCUGGGUUUCCUGACAUACCUGUAAUCAACGAAACCACGCAGUUCAUGGCUCGCACUUCACAGCCUUCGCCUCGCUUGUCCGCCACUGCUAUGGACAUUCCUUGCGUGGUCGACAGUACUGCGUUCUUCAUUCGAGACGACCACACGGCGCUGGAGGUGUUAAUGUUUGGCGACUUAGAGCCGGACAGCAUCUCCCUAUACCCGCGCAACCGCAUCGUUUGGGAAGAAGCUGCACGUAAGAUUGCUCUCGGCCUUUUACGUGGGAUCUUCAUCGAGUGUUCGUACGAGGAUGCGCAGGGUGAUGCGAUUCUGUUCGGGCAUCUCUGCCCACGACAUCUCAUCUCGGAGCUUCAGUCUCUCGCAGCUCUCGUUGCUGAGGCAAGAGCAACAAGAGCAAUGGAGAAGAGUCUCCGGAAGCGGAAACGCUCCGUUGCGAAUGGACCUGAUUCGGCCAAACAUACUGUCUCGGUGCAUAACCGUAAGCGAAGUCGUAGCCUAGCCGGGCGGAGUGUUGCAAAAGACAUCCGUCGGAGUAGUGCGCCCGGGCACGCAGCAUCUCACGUCACGACGUCACCGCCGCUUGGGCAGACGCUGCCAGCUGCGGCUGGCCUGAAGGUGGUAGUCAUGCACAUCAAGGACACGAUGAAAGACGGUCCGUACGUCGGCGAGACAAUCCUGGCGCAGUUGCAACAGCACGAAGCUCAACUGGAUGAAAGUGGAACGGCAUUGGGCUGCGAAUUCGUAGUCGCAAAAAGCGGCGAGAGCUAUUGGCUCUGA